CACAGUUCUCUGCGUCACCCUCACCCAUUCAUUCUCAUUCCAUAAAACCCUCUCUUCUUCCCAUUCAAAUUUCCAUAAACCACCAUGCAAGGCCGUGACGGCAUUCCGAUCCGUACCCCACCCCACCCGAAACCCUUCGGUCGCCGCCACACCGCCCGCUACUACGUCCGGCGUGUUCGUGACAGCCUCACCACUCGAGUCUCCAAAGUCAUAUGCGCCACUUUCUUGAGUUUCCUCGUCGUUAUUGCCAUCAUCACCUUCGUUCUCUGGAUAAGCCUUCGCCCUCAUCGUCCUAGAGUUCAUGUCCAUGGGUUUUCCAUAUCGGGUCUGAACCCAGAAUCCAAGUUCAACAAUGCUCGGAUAAAUUUUAAUCUCACCACCCGAAACUCCAACCAGAAUAUAGGGAUUUAUUACGAGAAUAUGAACGGGACGGUUUAUUAUCGGGACCACAACAUCGGGUCGACGCCGUUACUUCGUCCGUUCUACCAGCAGCCAAAGAAGACGACGGUGGUUGACGGCGUUCUGAGGGGGCCCACGUUAAAGCUGAGUAGUGAGCGGUGGAAGGAAAUGCUGGGCGAUGAGAGGGCGAAAGGGACCGUGGUGUUCCGUUUAGAUCUGACGGCCAAGAUAGCAUCCAAAAUAUCGAUGUGGGAAAGCAAGCACCAUCGGAUGCAUGCCAACUGUGACGUGGCUGUGGGCCCCGAUGGCUCCCUCUUAGAUGCUUACAGGGACAAGAGAUGUCCCGUUUACUUCUCUUUCAAGUGA